CGAGCUGGAAGGCGGGCGCGCGGGCGCGCGGCGGGCACCAUGCAGGAAGGCUGCCAGGGGCCGUGGGCAGCGCUGCGCUCUGCCGCCCGCCUGGCGCUGUGAUUCGCACGCUGCCACCAUGUUCCCCAGCCCCGCGCUCACGCCCACGCCGUUCUCGGUCAAAGACAUCCUGAACCUGGAGCAGCAGCAGCGCAGCCUGGCCGCCGGGGAGCUCUCGGCGCGCCUGGAGGCCACUCUGGCGCCCGCCUCCUGCAUGCUGGCCGCCUUCAAGCCCGAGGCCUACGCGGGGCCGGAGGCCGCGGCGCCCGGCUUCCCCGAGCUGCGCGCCGAGCUGGGCCCCGCGCCCUCGCCCGCCAAGUGCGCGCCUGCCUUCUCAGCCGCCCCCGCCUUCUAUCCGCGUGCCUAUGGCGACCCCGACCCUGCCAAGGACCAUCGAGCUGAUAAGAAAGAGCUGUGCGCGCUGCAGAAGGCGGUGGAACUGGAGAAGCCAGAGUCCGACAGCGCCGAGCGACCCCGCGCGCGAAGGCGGAGGAAGCCGCGCGUGCUCUUCUCGCAGGCGCAGGUCUACGAGCUGGAGCGGCGCUUCAAGCAGCAGCGGUACCUGUCGGCUCCCGAGCGCGACCAGCUGGCCAGCGUGCUGAAGCUCACGUCCACGCAGGUCAAGAUCUGGUUCCAGAACCGGCGCUACAAGUGCAAGCGGCAACGGCAAGACCAGACUCUGGAGCUGGUGGGGCUGCCCCCGCCGCCGCCGCCGCCGCCGCCGGCCCGCAGGAUCGCGGUGCCAGUGUUGGUGCGCGAUGGCAAGCCUUGCCUGGGGGACUCGGCGCCCUACGCGCCGGCCUACGGCGUGGGCCUCAACGCCUACGGCUACAACGCCUACCCUGCCUACCCCGGGUACGGGGGCGCGGCUUGCAGCCCCGGCUACAGCUGCACCGCUGCUUACCCGGCCGGGCCGCCUCCGACGCAGUCGGCCACGGCCGCCGCUAACAACAACUUCGUGAACUUCGGCGUCGGGGACUUGAACGCGGUGCAGAGCCCCGGGAUUCCGCAGGGUAACUCGGGAGUGUCCACGCUGCACGGCAUCCGAGCCUGGUAGAGAAGGGACCGGUCUGGGAGGCCUCCGACCGAUCCCACCUCUCAAGAGGGACACUGACUAAACAGGGGAGAGGGAGGGCUCCCGACACGAUCCUGCGAUCCCUCGGAUGCCGCAUGCGCUCCCACGGAGGCUUCGGAGCUUUUCCCGCCCCGUGCGCCUUUGUUCCCCGAGAGGGAGAGUUUGCGGCCAGGUUUACGCAGCUUGUGGUGAGUGAAACGGCAGCCUGGUGCCUAGCUGUGGCCCCAGGAGUGCCCUCCGAGCGCCCAGGAGCAUCCCUAACGGGCCGAACACCUGCCCAUUGGGACUGGGAGCCCGGGCGCAGCAGCCUCCUAACUGCUGCCUUUCCCCAAGCCUGGGCCGGGCGCCCGGGCCCUUGCUGCCCUGCGGCUGCCCCCCCACCCCCACCCGUAUUUAUGUUUUUACCUGUUUCUGUAAGAAAUGAGAAUCUCCUUUCCAUUAAAGAGAGUGCGCUGA